CCUUAGUGCAACCCUCCGAAACGUGGGAAUCAUGUGGGGGCUCCGCCCAAAUAAAUCCACCUAAGAACGAGACAACCGGGUGGGCGAGAUCUGGCAUGCGUGCUCUUUUAGAUUUAGGGCGCCCGGGAUCGGCAGCCUGAAAGCCGCUGCUAAAUUGCGACGUGGCUGGAUCUCCUCCCCCUCUCCCUCUCCGCAGGAUUUUCUCCCGAAUCUCGUACAACCUCCCUAACCAUCCAUCCGAAAUCUCCAUUGCGAAUAAAGUUGUGGCUCAGAUUCGUGCUGGCCUACUCUUCAUGUUUGCCACCUCACUGUGGAGAGUGUUAGGGUGGAGAUGCGAGGAGAAAGGAAGAGAGAGUGAGGAGGCUUCUGGAGUUAGGCAUGCCGAAUCGACAGCUCUCUUCGCCGGACAUUACAGCCUUCAUGAAUCUGCUUGUCUAUAAACCCAUGACGGAUGGAUGGGCUAUUGUCGUCAGGAUUGCAUUGGGUAGUAAUGCCGGGCGUAAAAGAUAUAGAGAGGAGGAGAAAGAAGGGAUGAGCAGGAGGCUGCGACCGCCGGAGUUUCUUUCCGGUUCUUAGGGUUUGUUGCUGCAGAGGUCUCGGUGAAGCAUGAGAUGCCCGGCAUUUCGUUGGGAAAAUGCAGGAAGAAGUUAAACGUGGCUUACCUAUUUGACUUGGAAUUGAUUUGAAAACCGCAAGUGGUAGCCCUUGUUGAUUUAUAUUUCGGAAUCGGUGAUGGGAACGAGCCCGGUGAGGGAGCUGGCAAAGACUAGGAAACCUUACACAAUUACAAAGCAGCGAGAGAAGUGGACGGAUGAGGAACAUGACAGGUUCUUGGAAGCACUCCGGUUGUAUGGCAGGGCGUGGCAGCGUAUUCAAGAGCAUAUCGGUACAAAGACUGCUGUUCAGAUAAGAAGUCAUGCACAGAAAUUUUUUUUAAAGGUUAGCUCGACAAUUCAAGUUUUACAAACAACCUUAUACAAACGGUUGCCUUUUUUCUUUGGUAUAACUGACACAAGACAAUUGGAGAAGGGGACUGGUGGCAUGACACGUGGACAUCCUCAUGUCAUAGAAAUUCCGCCCCCACGGCCUAAAAGGAAACCAUACAGUUCAUAUCCUGAAAUGAUUGGUGCAACUUCACAAAAUCCCUCGGCGGAAGUAGAAGGGAAAAGCUUGUCAAAGGCUUUUGUAUUGAUAGGAACUGAUAAAGUGGCAAUGGAUACUAAGAGUAAGGAGCAGGCAUUCGGAGAAGGCACUUCAUCCACUUCUGUCUGUUUUCGUCGCAACGGAACUUCAGAUCCUUCAGAGCAGAUGCCAACACUGGAAGAGUUAAAAGAAACUAAGAAAAUAACGAAAUCACCGAGGAAAAACGAUGCUGAUUUACAAAACCUUGGAAUGAGUGAAUAUUUUACAGACUCUCGGUUUGGUUUCAAUACUGUAGAUAAGUGGCAACUACUAAAGCAGAUGGAGAAGCCAUUUACAUCAUCAACGGACAAUCUACAAGGUGAUCAAAACCAGGAAAGAAUUCCUGUUCAAUUGGAAGGUACAAAAUAUUCUAGUGAAGGUAUCACAAAAUCACUGUCAGCUCAACCAGAACCAAAUGCAGAUCUUAACUUAUCACUUGAUUCUACAAGAAGAGCAACACAUACGACAAAAAACUUGAUGUCUUCUGUCCCUCAAGCAGUUCCAUCAAUUUCACCUAAUAACCAGCUCAAUAUUGACGACAAUUCAUUUACCGCACUCAUAAACUUAACCAACUAUUUUCCAAGCCUCCUUGCAUCAGCCUUGUCACAGAACCCAGCAAUCCAUCAAGCAGCUAGCGUUGCAGCUGCCUCACUGCCACCCACCUUCGUGGAUUUCUCCAUUCACUCAAAUACAAAGUUAGUUAGCGAAGCUCUAGAGAAAGAAUCCAGCAUAUCCUGCAUAUCAGCUAUUGUAGCAGCCACAGUUGCUGCUGCUUCUGCUUGGUGGAGGGUUCAUGGGCUAUUGCCUUCUCAAUUUCAGCCAAACCAUGCAUUUACACAAGCAAUGGCACGAGCCAUAGAGUCCGCCCAAGUUCAUGAAGAUAACACGAACUCGAAAGAAAAUAUUGGCCAAACAAACAAGCAGAAAGCUCCACAAAUCGAUUUUCCAGAACAGAAUGAGACGAACAGAAUAACACAACCUUGUUCUGCUUUAUUAGAGCCCUCCUCAUCACCAGAUUCCUGCGAAAGCUCAAAAAUGAACCGGCCUCCAAAAUCUACCAAAUGCGCACUCUCAUCAAUUUCUGGAGUGCAUGAUGAAAAUCAUGCCCCUGGAAAGAAGAAACAUGAUCCGUCCUCUUGUGAUUCUAACACAACUCCCAGCAGCGAAGUCGAGAAAGAUGCCGGUUUGAACAAUAAAGAAGCCAAGGGAGUCAAUGAACAAGGUGAACAAGGUCCAUCCAUUGUUCAAGGGUUUAGAGAUACUCUGGGGAAUAGCAAGUCAUGUUCUGAAGGUCUCAAACAGUGUCCGCUAGCUUUUGAAGAGCUGCUUUCUCGCGGGGCACUGCCACAGAGUUUGUCGCCGCCGCCGCAUCAGGAUGUCAACUGGGCCAUAAAUUCAGAACAUGAGGAAGCUCUCGGGUUGCAGAUCGACCUCAACACGAAAGCAUCUACCGCGACUUGCAGCAUUUCCAAAGCAAGAACGCAGAGUUGCAGCAAAAUGGGAUCCGAAGCUGUAACAUUCAAGAGGCUCUUUGUAGACACCGAGGAGGAGAACAACACUGGCCAAGAGGAAGGCAGUAGAAAGAGAGCUUCUCUGUGAGGAGAAUCACUUUGUUCAACGUACAUUCUCUCUUAGCAUUUUAGCUUUGGAUUAAAUUUUAGAGCUUAAUAAAUCAUGGAGACUCGCACGUUGUUAGUCUUGAUUCCUUAAUUCUUUGCUAUUGUAGCUGCUUGCCUUCGGGGAACCUCCCCGUCGAAGGAAAUUAAUAUGGACCA